AUGGAGUUCGAGACAGCCCUGGAGAGCCUCCAAGAGGAGUGCGGCUGUCCCUUGUGCCUGAAUUACCUCAAAGACCCAGUUACUAUUAGCUGUGGACACAACUUCUGCUAUGCCUGCCUCAGCAGGUCCUGGAAAGGUCUAAAGGGUGCUUUUCCAUGCCCUGUCUGCCAAGUUUGCUUUUCGCAGAGGAAGUUCAGGAGGAACCGCCAGCUCCGUAACCUGGCUGAAAUAGCCAGGAGUCUGAAGAUCCGAAGAAACAAGAGGAAGAGUCCGAAGGUCUGCGAGAAGCACCAGCAGAUUCUCACCCAUUUCUGUAUGAAGGACCAGCAGGUCUUAUGCAGCCGGUGCUCCGUCUCCGUCAAACACCAGAGGCAUCACAUUUGCCGCAUUAAGAAAGUGGCCCCUUACCACAGGAAAAUUUUAGAAAGCAGCAUCGAGCCCCUGAAAAAUAACGUGGAACGGGUUGAACGAAUAAUAGUCCUGCAAAGCAGCAAGUUGCUGGAGCUGGGGAGGAUGGCAGAGCAGAGGAAGGAAGCAAUAUACUCUGAAUUCGAGCAGGUUAGACAGUUUUUACAGGAUGAGUGGGAGGCUAGGCUGAGGGAAAUGGAAGUUGAAGGGUUGGGCAUUUUCUCAAAGCUUAGUGAGAGCUUUGCCAGUCUUUCAGACCAUGCUUCCACAUUAAAGCACCUCCUGGGGGAAUUGCGGGACAAGGGCCUGCGUUCCAACGCGGUGCUCUUGACCCGCGCUCAGAGCAUCUAUCACCGGCAUCGAAACCUGAGGCGUCCCGAAGUCUUCUCGUUCCGCUUAAAGGAAUACGGAUUCAGUCUCCCUCCACUGUAUUCUGGCCUGGACAGAGUCAUCGAGCGAUUUCAAACAGAUGUGCAUUUUGAUUUCGACACAGCCCAUGUUCAGCUUGUAGUUUCUAAGGACAGAAAAAUCGUGCACUUUACUACAGACAAACAACAUAUCUCUGAUAGCCCUCAGAGGUUUACUUUCUGCCCUUCUAUCCUGGGCUUUGAGAAGUUCGUUUCUGGCCGUCAUUACUGGGAGGUGGAAGUGGGGAGCAAACAUGAGUGGACUGUGGGUGUGUGUGAAGACUCUUUUCCCAGGACCUGGCAGAAUCACCCCUCGCCUGUUGAAGGCCUUUGGGCCAUUGGACUGUACUCCAGGACUGAGCAUGUCGCAUUUGGCCCCAUGAGAAUGCAGGGAAUGCCUGCAGCGUGGCCCAGUAAGAUUGGCAUUUUUUUGGACUAUGAAUUAGGUGAAGUCUCCUUUUACGAUAGGAAUAAUAAUUCUCUCAUCUACAGGUUUAAUGAUCGUUUCAGCAAUGCCAUUUGUCCCUAUUUUGAUACUGGAUUAAAUUCUGUACCUCUUAAAAUCUUACCCAUACCAGAUCAUGAAGGAAUAUAA